GUUGAUCAUUUGGUGUGUGGAUAAAACAUUCUAUGAAAAUGUGGCCCCUAGGCGAAACACAACUCGUGAGAUUUAAAUAUAUGAUUUGCGUUAACACGAAAUGAGUUCCCAUCGAAGCGCUCAGCUAAUUUUGCCAAGAAACGUCGUCAUAAAACAUCGUCUCAAAUUUCAGCUAAGCGUUCGAUAAAAUAUUGAUGAACGCACUAAAAAAGCUCAUGUUAUAAACAGACAUAAAGUUUUGUGCGCAGCAUGUCAGUUCGCUUUACUAAAACAAUGCUACUUUAUAUUCUUCUUAUCGUACAAGUUAUUCAAAUCACAUAUUAUUUGCACUCAAAUCUCCUAUAUUCAACGAACAUUCAAUGUACGCCUGAGCACCCAACCGCAGUGCACAAUAUUUCGGAUGAGACAGAAGCACCCUUUAUGCUCGGCAACUCUAGUCUCUGGUCGGGGCUGAGAAGCCACAUUAAAAAGAAGUAUUCCGGCCUGCAGCUGCCGUGGUCUAGCCCCACGGUAUUCGUCGUGACGCCAACCUACCGCCGCCCCACGCAGAUGGCGGACCUGACGCGACUCUCGCAGACGCUGAUGAACCUGGAUUUUAUUUUCUGGCUGGUCGUUGAAGAUGGCGAGACCACCCAGCUGCCCGUGGCGCAGCUGCUGCAGCGCUCAGGGCUCCCCCACCGCUACAUGGCGGCCGCUACGCCUGCGAGAUACAGGAACGAUCCCGACGUGGGGCGCGGGGUCUUCAACAGACGCGCAGCGCUAGACUGGCUCCGUGCCCACGAGAAGCGAGGAGUGCUCUAUUUUGCUGACGAUGACAACUCCUACGACAUCAGAUUAUUUCAACAGAUCCGCAGCACGCAGAAGGUCUCGGUGUUCCCCGUUGGGAUGAUCCUAGAGUACGGCAUCAGUUCGCCUAUUGUACGUCAACAUAAGGUCGUCGGCUUUCACGACGCCUUCCAGGCUCUCCGAAAAUUCGCUGUCGACAUGGCUGGUUUCGCCGUCAACCUGGAGUUUCUGUACAGAAAACCGAACGCGACGAUACCGCUUCUGGUGUCUUACCUUGAGGACGGUUUCCUGAGAGCUCUAGGAACUUCACUUGACGACCUCGAACCUUUAGCGCACGACUGCACUGAGGUGUUGGUGUGGCACACAAGGACCCAGACUCCCUUCUCCCCAAACGUAGCUCAUCUGCCGCCCCACUCCAAUGACACCAACCUACCCGCCCUCUACGCAAAUAUCCUCGCCUAGACCUAUAACAUUUGUAACCUCAUAGACACCAAAGUUUAGUUAAAUGACUUUAGUAAAAGUUAAGUUGAGUUU